AUGGUAGCAGGGUUUUUACAGGAAGUUCCCGCAGAAUUAAGAUCAAAAUUGGAAAGAAUUACAUCUAUUCUGCCAGAUUCUGUUGAAAUAUUUCAAGAAUUAUACGAUUUCGCACUUACUAAAGGAGAGACGUUAGAGAGGAAGAAACCAAACAUUAAUGUGCCAGAAAAUGAAAAGAUAGAUUCAUCUGAUAUAAUAUUCAAAUUAGAAAAUGCCUCGAUAUUGUCACCUCUAAGAAAAAAACUAGAUUUCGUAUUUCAUUUAUCUCCAACCAAUAAACAGUUAAUGAUAUCUUUAUUAAAAAAUGGUAAAUCAGAAUAUAGUAUAGGAGAUUUGAAGACUAAUAUUAAAAUGGCUACUUUUUUGCCAGUACCUGAAAAACAGAACAUUGUUUAUCUUUUCCUAGAUUGUAGAUCUCCUAAUAAUCCAAACCAACAGGAACCUAUACUGAUGACAUUAAAUAAGAUGACUACUUUAGAACAAUUUUGUAAGAUGGGUAUUUUGCCAAGCAACGAGAAGGACUUUAAGAAAUGCAAGGAUUACAUGAGGAAACAAGCCAUAUUAACAGGUUUUAGAAUAACUGAUCCCUUCUCUAAUAAUAAUACUCAAGGGCAAUUAAACUCAUUCCAUGUUGAGUGUCACAGAGGAACAAAGGAAGGUACGUUAUAUUUUUUACCGGACCAUAUAUUAUUUGGUUUCAAGAAACCUAUAUUAUUAUUUCAAUCAACAGAUGUUGCAUCCAUUACGUAUUCUUCUAUCACAAGAUUAACUUUUAAUAUGACCCUUAUAACAAAUGACGAACAGAAAUAUGAAUUUUCCAUGAUAGAUCAAUCAGAAUAUGCAACAAUUGAUGGAUAUGUUAAAAUUAAACAAGUUACUGAUAAAUCAAUGAGUGAAGAAUUGAAAGCAAAGAAAUUGAAGAAUUCACAACAAUCAAAUAAUGACGAAUCUAUCAUAAAAGACGCAGUUGCAGAAAUAGACAAUAAACAAGGUACCAAUCUCCAGAACUUGCCAGACGAUUCUGAUGAUGAAGAAAAUGACCAAGAUUUUCAAGCCGAUAGUGAUCUUUCUGAUGGGAGUGACCAGGAUGAAGAAGAGGGUGAUGACAAUGAUGACAAUGAUGAAGACCAAGCAGAAGAAGUCGCUGAUGAAGAGGAAGAAGAAGAAGAAGAAGAUCUGGAUGAUUUAGAAGAGAUACAACCACCUGCGGAAAAUGUUUCACAAUUGAAUCUACAAUUGAACUAUUCUACAGCUGAAAAUAUACAUACAAAUGAAGACUCGGCAAAUAACAUAAAUAUUGGUUCUUUAGAAGAUAUAAUAGUAGAUGUGGAUGACGGGGAUGACGACGAUGAAGAUAAUUCAGGUGUUGAAUAUGACUAG